UGAAAUACUGAAUUCUAACGAAGGCAACGGCGUGAUUGAGGAAGGCUUCACGGCGGCCGAGGACCGUUCACAACAAAGGCGAGAGGCAGAUUUUUGUUUAGAGUCAACACAGUUUCAUCAGAUAAGCGAUAAAUUAUUCAGGGUCAGAAAGAGGAAAAACGACCAAUGUCGUCGUGCUAAUUUGCGCACAAUGUCAGCUAUCUGUGGACCCAGAGGCUGAAGAGGUCUGAUCGUUCAGGAGAGCUGGGAAGUGAGAGAUGGGGAACACGGCCACCAAGUUCCGCAAAGCACUGAUCAGUGGAGAUGAGGUUCUGGCCUAUCAGCUCUACGAGGGCAACCCACAGUUCAAAGAGUCUCUGGACCCCAACACCUCAUAUGGGGAACCAUACCAACACAACACCCCGCUCCAUUAUGCUGCCAGACAUGCAAUGACGCGCAUACUCAGGUCCUUCCUGUUCAGCAAGGACGGGAACCCCAACAAACGUAACAUGCACAAUGAGACCACACUGCAUGUGUUAUGCAUGGGGCCAAAUAUCUUGCUAUCCGAAGGGGCUCUGCAGCCGCGUCUAGCCCGUCCCUAUGAAGAUGAACGCAGACGUGCCGAGUGCCUCCAGAUGAUCCUAAAGUGGACCGGCGCCAAACUGGACCGUGGUGAAUAUGAGAGUGCUGACAUCAGUGCCACCGAUAACAAGAAAAACACUCCACUACACUACGCUGCUGCCUCAGGGAUGAAGACAUGUGUGGAGCUUCUGGCGAAACGUUGUGCAGACCUGUUUGCAGAAAAUGAAAACAAGGAGACCCCAUGUGACUGUGCAGAAAGGCAGCACCAUAAGGAGCUUGCACUCAGUCUGGAGUCUCAGAUGGUCUUCUCCACUGACCCCCAUGCAGAGGAUAUUGAGGCAGAGUAUGCAGCUUUAGACCGCAGGGAGUUUUAUGAAGGUUUGCGAGUGCAGGACCUCAGGAGACUGAAGGACAUGCUGAUAGUGGAGACGGCAGAUAUGUUGCAAGUUCCUCUCUUCACCGCAGAGGCUCUUCUUCGUGCACAUGACUGGGACAGAGAGAAACUCCUGGAAGCUUGGAUGUCUAAUGCUGAAAACUGCUGUCAGCGCUCAGGUGUUCAGAUGCCAACUCCACCGCCCAGAGGCUAUAACACCUGGGACACCCUGCCCUCACCCCGUACGCCUCGCACCACUCGCUCAUCCAUCACCUCCCCUGACGAAAUCAGCCUGACCCCUGCUGAUGAUGAUCGCUCCUUGUGUGGCAUUUGUAUGUGUGCAGCCUCCAUGUUUGAGGAGCCUGUUGAUAUUCCAUGUGGUCAUGAGUUCUGCAGAGGAUGCUGGGAAAGUUUCCUGAAUAUGAAGAUUCAGGAGGGGGAGGCCCACAAUAUCUUCUGCCCAGCCUAUGACUGCUUCCAGCUGGUUCCUGUUGAGGUUAUUGAGAGCAUUGUGUCCAGAGAGAUGGACAAACGUUAUCUGCAGUUUGACAUCAAGGCAUUUGUGGAGAAUAAUCCUGCUAUCCGGUGGUGCCCGCGGGCUGGCUGUGAUAGAGCAGUGCGAUUGGCCGGACAGGGGCCAGGUGCCAGCACCUCUGACCCUCUCAGUUUUCCUCGCCUCCAGGCCCCUGCGGUGGACUGUGGCAAGGGCCAUCUUUUCUGCUGGGAGUGCCAAGGAGAGGCCCAUGAACCGUGUGACUGCCAAACUUGGAAGAUGUGGCUCCAGAAAGUCACUGAUAUGAAACCAGAAGAAUUGGCAGGUGUAAGUGAGGCGUAUGAAGAUGCUGCCAACUGCCUGUGGUUACUCAGCAACGCCAAACCCUGUGCUAACUGCAAAUCUCCCAUUCAGAAGAAUGAGGGCUGUAACCACAUGCAAUGUGCCAAGUGCAAGUAUGAUUUCUGCUGGAUCUGUCUGGAAGAGUGGAAAAAACACAGCUCCUCUACAGGAGGUUACUACCGCUGCACACGCUACGAGGUCAUCCAGCAAGUGGAGGAGCAGUCUAAAGAGAUGACUGUUGAGGCUGAGAAGAAACACAAGAACUUCCAGGAAUUGGAUCGCUUCAUGCACUAUUACACCCGGUUUAAGAAUCAUGAGCACAGCUGCCAGCUGGAAGAACGCCUUCUUAAAACGGCCAAAGACAAGAUGGAACAGCUUAGCAAAGUUCUGAGUGGAAGAGAAGGCGGACCUCCAGAUACUACUUUCAUUGAAGAUGCAGUGCAUGAACUACUUAAGACUCGUCGUAUUCUCAAGUGCUCUUACCCAUAUGGGUUCUUUUUGGAGCCCAAAAGCACAAAAAAGGAAAUAUUUGAACUUAUGCAGACUGACUUGGAAAUGGUGACAGAAGAUCUUGCACAGAAAGUCAACCGGCCUUACCUCCGCACACCUCGUCAUAAGAUAAUCCGCGCGGCCUGCCUGGUGCAGCAAAAAAGGCAUGAGUUUUUGGCCUCCGUGGCAAGAGGUGUGGCACCAAAUGAUUCGCCCGAAGCCCCUCGACGCAGUUUUGCCGGUGGGACAUGGGACUGGGAGUACUUGGGUUUCGCUUCUCCUGAGAUCCAGAGGAGUCAUGCCUUUCUCGGGGGAAUUGAUCCGAGAGAGCACUAUCAGUAUACAGGAAGCCAUCCGCAGGCGUAUGCUGAGUUCCAGUACAGACGCAGACACAGGCAGCACAGAAGAGGAGACAUGGCCAGCCUCCGCAGCAACACACCCGACCCUGAUGACCCAGACCACAGCACUUUAGACGCACAAGAAAUUGGUGGUGGUCAGAGAUCGGGUUUGCCCAUGCUUCACGAUUCUCUAGAUGAGGAUGAUCCCAAUAUCCUGUUGGCGAUCCAGCUUUCUCUGCAGGACUCUGGGCUGACUGCAGGCGGUGCUGGCAUUGAUGCUCAAGAGAUCCUCACAAACGAAGCAUCUCUUGGGGCCAUCGGAACAUCCCUGCCCACAAGGCUUGACCCGGUGCUGUGUGAGAUAGACGUGCCCCGUGCUGCCCUGAGCAGCUCUGAGCUGUUAGAGGUGGGUGACAGCCUAAAGAAGCUCGGUAAUAUCAGUGGCCAGAAUGUCCCUCCGCGUUAUGACAAUCUCAACAAUCCUUCCUGUGAGGCAACUGAGGGCCCCUUUCAAGUUCCUUCAGGACAUACGGAAACCUCUGAUUUCAGUUCAGACAAUGCCAACCUUCUAGGAAACAUCAUGGCUUGGUUUCAUGACAUGAAUCCGCAGAAUAUCAGUUUGGUUCCUUCGGAUAGUGAUUUUGGCAUUCAGUCAGUGAGAAUGACAACAGAGCCGACCGAGUGCGCCAUUCCACAGUGGACACCAGGGGGCGAUAGAGAGGCGGAGCACGAGUUUGACUCCGUUAUCGAGCGUGAGCCCGUCAGGCCCACACAGUUAGACCUGGUAGGUCUCCAUAUGUGUCCGGUGCCUCCUGCGUCGUCUGUCGAGUUGGGCGAAACUCCAAGCGGUUUGAAUCCGUGUUACUCCGACACCCCAAAAUGUGACUCGGACCCUGACCAGCCUAGCAGUAGCUCCUCUGAAUGGGAGGGUCAAGUACAUCUUGUAUGAAAUACUGACUUCACUUACUAGCUAAGGCACUUUUUUGAUCAAGUAGCUGAAACCGAGGAACAAGAUUAAUCAUGACGAGAAGCUUUGCAUUGUCAGAUAUAUAGUUUUUGAGUAUUCGCUCAGGCCUUUGUGCUUAUGAGGCAUGUGUUGUUUGCUCACUAAAAACUCGUUCCGAUCCUGGAGUGUUUAACACUUUUUAAAGAGUCAGCAACUGAACCAGAAAGCGCUAUGAAGGUGCGACAGGAAGUGAGAUAGUCUGAAAAAUCUACUAUUUAGUAUAGGAUGUUAUUCAGCGCGAGUUCGACUGAUGUAAAAGAUACUGUAGGUGCCAAAAAACACUGGCUAGCACACGCCGAGUGGACAGUGUGCUGAUUGUGCCUGCUGCUGAGGGCCUAGCCGCCCUAUUAAGUACACUAUCCUUCCUUUAAACUAGACCUGUAAUAUUCGAGAAGUGCACAAUAGCACAUGCUCAGAAGAGCUGGGCUGAUAAUCACAGUAACUAAAAGAAGAGUAAUUCUAGUUGCAGUCGACUUUUCUUUUUCUGGUCAAACAUAAUCACUGUAAUCCGUCACCGGCUAAUUGGAACGGAAAGUACCAGCCAGUUUAAACUCGGUUCAGGAGUGCCGCGCUGGAUCUGGAAAACGUUUAGUCUUUGCAACUUAUCACAGUGCCUUUUCUGUGAAACUUCUCUUUAUUUAUAGCCGCUCUCUUGUGCUCGAAGCCCAGAGUGUGGGAAGUUUCAAUACACAUCUUACUUGUACUUUCAAGUGGCGGUUAAGCAAACUGAGCUCAAUGUUGUUUUUAAAAUACAUUUUUAUACACGUUCGGUUGUCCUUUAGCAUGCCUCUGGCCUCUUCUCCCGGGUUGUUUUUAAAGCAGUUGUCUAAAUGAACUUGGACACAUUUACGAAUUAAAUCGAUCUAUAUUUAAUAAGAUGCUAUUCAUUGUGUGUUAAGAUGUGAUUUCCACAUGGCCACAUUUAAAAAUGUAAUUCUCAAAUUUAAACAUGUAAAAAUCUGAUGAUUUCCUGGUGCAUCUCUUAUAGAAAUGUUUGAUUUUUUUUUUUUUCUCCUAGAAUAUCUAAGAACAGCCAGAAGCUGUUUUAGCUUCAGAUUUACAUAUGGUGAAACUCACCCACAAUUAAGUUUUUUUUUUUUUUAUACAAUAAUUUAACUGUGGUAUUUCUCUACAAAAAAUUAUGGAAAUAAAAUUUCGAUCUAUUUAAAAUUGAAUGUCCUUAAAAAUGAAUGAAGAUGAAGGUAUAGUUGGUGUAAACAAAAAAAAAAAUUAAUGAAUGCCAAUAUAUAUAUAUAUUUUUAUGUAUAUAUCAAACUGUAAUAACACCGUGCCACUUUUCAAUAUUUGCUUAUUACUUAAAACGUGUCUGCAGGAUAAUUUGUUCAAAGCCUUUUAAACAAAUUAACCGAAUGUUUUUGAUUUGUUUAAAUUUUCAUUGCGAACACCUGCCCAACUUCAU